UGUGUGUGUGUGUCACAAAGUUUUCUCGCUCAUUAUCACACCUUACGGUGGAGUGUUCGGGAACACACACCGGCCGGGCCAGAGCUGCUGCUGCGAGUCGAUGCGAAUUAAACGUGAGUGUGAUGAUUUUCCGGGACUCUGAGGAAGGAGGUCCGAGAGAGUUCACGCGCAUAGACCUUCCAGCCCCGCAGCCAGAGAUUAAUCUGCGGGGAGAGAUGGCGGAGGAAGUCCUCAACGAUUUCUACCCGGAUUUAAACGAGCUGGAGAGCAAGGUCGGGAGGAAAACGCCGGAGAGUCUCCUGGCUUGGAUGAAGGACGCCGCGGACCGCGAGGGAUGGACGGCUGACCCGUCGGGCCCCUCGGAUCACACCUCGGAUGGCUUAUCUGAUAAAAUCAACACCUUAAAACAAGAGAUGCGGUGGCUCCGCUGUGCCGAUGUGAGGAUCCUGCGGCAGCUGGUGGCCGUGCACGAAGGCAUCGAGGCCAUGCGCUGGCUGAUGGAGGAGAGGGGCCUCCAAACCAGCCGGUGCAGCAGCUUAUCAGGCAGCCUGAGCAGCUUGGUGACCAUCGAGGAACACGUUCCCUCAACGUCUCCCUGCAGAGAAGACCCAACUCCUGCCUUCCCUCAGAGCAUAAGGCUAGCAGCCAAUACAAAACCAGCAGAUCAAAACCCAUCUGAGACGUCUGAACCCCAGUCUCCCUCCAAAUCAAUCCUAGUUGAAAGUCACACUCAGGUUCCGCUUUCCGCCGCCAACAGUUUGGUCAGCGCUGACGCACCUAAGUCGGAAGCACCGGAGUCGGGUUCGGCGCGGUUCCACAUCAUUAACGGCGCCGAGACCAUCAAGAGAGCUCUGCUCAGGUCCAGCAGAAGAAAGCAACUGAAAGCUGCCGGCCAGGAUGCAGUUGAGAAAACCUCUGAACGUCCAACUCAGCAGAGUUUAUCCGUGUUCAAGAGACAGGAAGUGAAGAAGGACGAGGAUGAGGAGGAGAGUUCAGCUGGUGGGGAGAAAGACUUACUGGGUUAUGAUGCUCAGUGGUCCUGGGUGGAGUCCAAGGAUGAUAUCACAUUUUUAUGAUCUUCCAUGCGGACACUUUGUGUUAAAGCUUUGCCUUUUAAACUGUAAACUUCUGGAGAGACGGUGGAACUUAAAAUGAACUUUGACUCCGAGUGAAACUUGAACGUAUUUAAUGCGGAUUUAUGCAUCAGACCAACUCAGGAAGUCCUGUUUGGAGUUCUCCACAAGCCAGGAGGACACGGCAAAUGUUCAAUUCGAAUUUGGUUCAAAAAGACUUUAUUGAUCCCGAAGGGAAAUGAAAUAACCUCAUAUACAUAAACAAGUGGGAAAAGGUGAUAUUAUCAGAUGAGACCAAAGUGAACUUUUUGAACUAAAUGCUAAACAGUUUGUGGGAUAGAAAGUCAACAAUGCGAUAUGAUGACUAAAGGUGUUUCUAGAAAGUAUUGACUUUGGGGCUGAACGUAAAUGCACCUCACACUUUUCAGGUUAUUUGUACAAAAUAAAUAAAUUAAACAAUUACAAAGCCAUGCACUCCUUUUCCUUCCUCUUCACAGUUAGGCACUGCCCUUAAAUCUCUCCCAAAAAUCUUAGUGGUGUGCAG